AUGGAGUGGAAUCUACUAUUGAAGAAAGAUAUUUGCUUAACUCAGGUUUUCAGAUCGCACUUUUUGCUUAAAGAGGAUCGGAAGAAGUUGAAUGUUGAGAAAGAAGGAUUACAUGGGUACCAACAUAAUGAACGCCAUAUAGAGAAAGUUGACCAAUGGGAGAUUCCCUUUUCGAUUGGAGUUCUACGGUGGGAAAGAAAUGUUGCAAAACUUGGCCUACUCGGCCGAGUACUCAGAAUCGGCCCUCCACCGAGGCGAACAGAAGCGAUUGACAAGAUUGUACCAUACAAUGUUGAAAACAUUGUAUCUGAUAAUGUUGUAGAGUGUCCACAAGAAGAAACCGUGGCAAUGAAUACGGUGGAAGAAGAAAUUUUAUAUGAGUUUGGAAGACUGCGUGGCAAAACUUUGUCAGGUGAUGAAGCGUCAAAUGAAGGUUGGCCGGAAGAUGAAUUCACACACGUAAAAAAAAGCUUCAGACAUCUUUUACAGUAUGCCUCCCAUACCUGA